AUAAAUUUAUCUUACUUUUUACCGGCGAUAGUGGCAUAUUUGAUAGCUUUUGCUAGUUUUCAAAUACAUUUCCGUCAGUACAGUGCGGGAAGUGAUAUUUUGUGCAUUUUGGACUACCAGCGGGUGUUACUUAAUUAAAUUAAACUCAUAAAUUUAGACGGAUAAUUUUCACGGAGUAUUGAGUCGCAACAUUGAAGUAACCUUCAUUCCACAACGGCUUUGCUCCGCAGGUCCUAUUUUUUAUUUAGGCGAAUCAUUUCACACUGGCUUAGUUAUCCAGCUGUGGAAAAUUCCAUUUCUUGUCAAUUCAGAAAUACAGCGGUUGCUUGGUAUAGUAAAGACAUACGGAAAAUGGGUGAUUGCAGUGUUGAUUUAGACAAGUGCUUUGAAGUUGUUUCACAGUUGGUAGAUAAAGCUGGAGCGUUGGUAGCAAAACGCAAUGAAACCCGCCAGGAAUUCGAAGAAAAGGCGAAUGAUAUUGAUUUAGUCACAGCCACUGACAAGGAGGUGGAACAGCUGCUUAUUCAAGGUUUACUCGACUCCUUUCCUGAUCACAAGUUCAUUGGAGAGGAGGAGAGCGCUGUUGGUGGCGCACCAAAUAAAUUGACAAAUGCGCCCACCUGGAUUAUUGAUCCAGUUGAUGGUACAAUGAAUUUCGUGCAUUCCUUUCCACAUUCUUGCAUUUCAAUUGGGUUGAAGGUGAAUAAAGUCACCGAAAUCGGCAUUAUUUUUAAUCCCUUAAUAGGACAACGCUUCUCUGCAAGACGCGGGCAGGGUGCAUUUCUUAAUGGAAAACGCAUACAUGUAAGCGGUCAAAAAGAAUUGGGUAAAUCUUUGGUUACCACCGAGUUUGGUACAUCCCGGGACACUGAUAAACUGAAAGUCAUAUUCGAAAACUUUCAAAAAAUUGUCCCAAAAGUGCACGGCAUUCGCAUGUUGGGUGCUGCUGCAUUAAAUAUGGCCAUGGUGGCACUCGGCGGUGCUGACGUGAAUUUCGAAUUUGGCGUGCAUGCAUGGGAUGUAUGCGCUGGCGAGAUCCUAGUACUCGAAGCAGGCGGUGUUGUAAUUGAUCCCACAGGAGACAAGUUCGAUAUUAUGUCAAGACGUGUAUUGGCUGCAUCCAGUGAGGAAUUGGCGCAGGAGUUUGCCAAACAAUUGACACAAUUUUAUCCACAACCACGGGAUGACUAAACAGGAUAAAUACGUGUAUACAAAACAACAUCCUAAAUAUUUGUUAUAAUUAAUGCUGUGCAACGUUAAUACGGGUACACAUAUCUGUUGUGGGUAAAUAGAAAAAUGUAUGUUCAUGUAUUGCAAUUAGUAAAAAUCAUAUAAACAAUACAGUGUUAAGUGAAAUUUCACAACACUAGUCUACCAAAUUCUUUGAGAAUAAAUGUAAAUAAUAACGUAUAAAAAUAAAACGCAGUUCCAAUAACUUUAUAAA